GAGCUCGGGCCGCAGCCAUAUAGAAGCCAGCGUCCGGGCCGGCAGAGCGGCGUCGGCGGGGUUGGCCGGGGCGGCGGGGCGCUAGAGCCUGGGCGGGCGGGCCGAGGGCCGGGGUCGAGGCCGGGGAUCGGGUGACUGGCGGGCUGAGCUCCCGCCCCCGCGCAAGGCCGGGGAGUAUGCGGCCGGGGGCUCCGGGGCGGGGCGGGCGGCGGCGGCUGCAGCGCUAGCGGCGCAGGGGGUGGGCGGCGGCGGCAUGAGGCGCGGGGCCGGCGCCCGCGGGAGGGAGGCGCUGCCGGCGGCCCGGCCGCUCCCGCUGCAGCUGCUCGCCGGGCUCGCCGUGCCCCGCUUGCGGGGCCCCGGACGCUCUCGUCCCGGCCGCCGCCCGGGCCGCCCGUGGUGACCAUCCGCCGCGCCGCCCGAGGCUUCACCCGCGCCCUCCCCCAGGGCGCGCCCGCGGAGCUCCGGCCCCAUCGCCUGCUCGCGGAGGCCGCGCUGGGCGGCGGCGAGGCCGGAAGAUGGCCUGGGUGCUCAAGAUGGACGAGGUGAUCGAGUCCGGGCUGGUGCACGACUUCGACGCCAGCCUCUCGGGCAUCGGGCAGGAGCUGGGCGCCGGCGCCUACAGCAUGAGCGAUGUCUUGGCAUUGCCCAUUUUUAAGCAGGAAGAUUCCAGCCUUCCGUUGGAUGGUGAGACUAAACACCCACCCUUUCAGUAUGUGAUGUGCGCCGCCACCUCGCCAGCCGUCAAACUGCACGACGAGACGCUCACUUACUUGAACCAAGGUCAGUCUUAUGAAAUUCGGAUGCUGGAUAAUCGGAAAAUGGGAGAUAUGCCCGAGAUUACUGGAAAAUUGGUAAAGAGCAUCAUAAGAGUUGUAUUCCAUGACAGACGGCUGCAGUACACGGAGCAUCAGCAACUCGAAGGCUGGAAGUGGAAUCGCCCUGGAGACAGACUUCUCGAUUUAGAUAUUCCAAUGUCUGUGGGAAUAAUUGACACCAGGACAAAUCCAAGCCAGUUAAAUGCGGUUGAAUUUCUGUGGGACCCUGCAAAGCGCACGUCUGCUUUCAUUCAGGUGCACUGCAUCAGCACAGAAUUUACUCCACGGAAGCACGGAGGCGAGAAGGGAGUGCCUUUCAGGAUCCAGGUCGACACCUUUAAGCAGAAUGAAAAUGGAGAAUACACGGAUCAUCUACACUCAGCUAGCUGCCAAAUCAAAGUGUUUAAGCCUAAAGGUGCAGACAGGAAACAAAAAACGGACCGAGAGAAGAUGGAGAAGAGGACCGCUCACGAGAAGGAAAAGUACCAGCCGUCCUACGACACCACCAUCCUCACGGAGUGCUCUCCGUGGCCCGAUACCCCCACAGCCUACGUGAAUAGCAGCCCUUCCACAGCGCCCGCCUUCACCUCCCCACAGCAGGGCACGUGCAGCGUCCCAGACAGCAAUUCUUCUUCCCCAAAUCAUCAGGGAGAUGGAGUUUCACAGCCCUCUAGUGAACAACUUCAGCCUUCAGCCACGAUCCAGGAAACACAACAAUGGCUGCUCAAAAACCGAUUCUCUUCUUACACAAGACUGUUUUCCAAUUUUUCAGGUGCCGACUUAUUAAAACUGACAAAGGAGGAUUUAGUACAAAUUUGUGGUGCAGCCGAUGGCAUUCGGCUCUAUAAUUCACUCAAGUCAAGGUCGGUGAGGCCCCGCUUGACCAUCUAUGUCUGCCAGGAGCAGCCGAGCGGCUCCCCGCUGCAGGGGCAGCAGCUGGCGGGCGGCGGAGGCGAGGGCAGCGGCGGGACACCCUACGUUUAUCAUGCGAUCUACUUGGAAGAAAUGGUCGCUUCAGAAGUUGCUCGAAAACUUGCAUCGGUGUUUAAUAUUCCUUUCCACCAAAUUAACCAGGUCUACAGACAGGGUCCCACCGGUAUUCACAUUCUUGUUAGCGACCAGAUGGUUCAGAACUUUCAAGAUGAGAGUUGUUUUUUAUUCUUCACAGUAAAAGCAGAGAAUGGUGACGGUAUCCACAUAGUUUUGAAGUGAUGUCUUACUUAGUCUGAACUAUAUUCAGUACCAAAUAAAGUCACGCUUAAAAGUGUGUGAAGACUGAAUCCAAGAAGUCUUGGGAUUGGAUUUUACCGUAUGAAAUGUUUCAUAUUGAAAACACAAGAUGACCUUUCUAAUGAGCUGUAUGAGAGGCGAAUCUCCUCACUGUCACUGCCAUAGCCAAGCAUCCUCGUGAGAGUGAGCGCGUCGGGACGGCACGCGUGCAGCUCUGGGGGCCACGCGCAGGCCCGGCUGCUGCUUCUCUGGCAGAGGCCAGUAGGUACAGUUCCUAGAGGCAGCCUUUGCUGUCUCUCUACACUGUAUGCGGUUUGGAAAUGAAUGUAAAAACGUACCGUGGGCAUUUACCUUUCUGUGCCAGUUUGGCUUUUGUGGCCUGAACCUUAUGCCGACCCGGGGCGGGGGUGGGGGACAGUGCCGUCGUGGGACCAGCACGGAGUCUGUCUGCAGAGGCCACGUGCUGACACCGUGAUUGGUGGUCAGGUAAGAGUCUUGGCACCUUCUCGGAAGAAAUCACGGAAGGGUGUGUGUGACGGGAUCAUGCCAGAUCAGGGAAGACCCGAGCCAGGAAGGCGGGUGUGAAGCAAACUGCAUUAUCAAGAGUACCUUGGUGAGAGGAUCAGUGUAAAUCCUAAUAGGUACAAAGACUUUUGUGUUUCUGCUUCAUCACAGAUUUCUUGAAAAACCUUUUGCUUCCGCUUCCAUUUUUAGCAUUUUGUUUCUGGUUUUUAUUUUUGAAGCCCCAAUGCCUUUUAAACUCAUGUGGCGUCCCUCCCUUUCGCUGUUUCCGACCACCCCGUCCCUCCUCGCUCUGAACCGUCCUGUCCUUAAGUGUUUUUAAAGCCCUACCCCAGACCGUGGAACCAGGUGCCCCGGGGAGGGGGGAAGACUAUGGUAGUUUUCUGACUUGCCGUUGAGGGGUCUUUGUUAUCAAUGAGUUGAAAUUAUCGCGGCAAACCAGAUGUCAUAAAUGAAACACUAGAUUGUGCCGUAAAAAUGGCCCACGCUUCUGAGAUAUUGAGCUCUAGUACAAUCAUGGUAAACGUUCUGGUGAUUAUUUAAGAGGCUUUUGGCUACACCACACGAUGGCCUCUUUUUCUUAAAAAGGGUGCGUCUUCCACAAAACCAAAUGCUUGUCUCUCAAAGGGACGCCACGGCUUUUGCGAUUUCCUCCUCGUUCUCGCUUCCCUCCCCACACGCACCAGCAGGCACCUGUGAAACCUGUGGUGGAGCAGACCGUGUUUUAAACUUCGGCGCCCUUUAGCUAUAGCACCUCUGUCCACGCGCCCGGCUGUCUUGGUUUUGAACGUGCCGAUUCUGAUCUUUGUUCGGGCGGAAAUAGGAGUGAUUUGGACUCUGAAAUCCCUCCCAGAAGACAGACCACUUCAGUGGGUAAAAAGCUUUGACGGUUCGUGUUUUAUUCUUCGAGGGGAUUAAGACGCACGGUCUCUAAACACUUUCAUCUUUAGUUUGAAAAUAUCUGUAACUCUGUAGACCCUGAAGCGGGGGAACGUUCCUUUCUGUCAUCUCCCUUUGCUUUUGUAUGAACACAUGUUUUCUGUACCAAUCACUUGGGAAAGAAGUGAGCAUAUCUCUUGUUUUUAGAGUUCUGCUUGUCUAUUUAGCAUUCCUUUUUGAGUCUCAAGAUAUACGGAACAAUAAAUGUCAUUUAAUGCUGUGUGCUAUUUCGAAUUCCUCAUCAGGUGUUAGAAAUGGGGUUGAAAACACUUUAAAAGCUCAUCGAACUUGAAAUUCUACCAAGCAGCAUUGAAAAUUAGUCUGUCCCAGUGAAGCAGGUUAAAUUAUGGCACCAGCAAAUUUGCUACUUUGUUUUUUUAACAGUAGGAUGUAUACAUUUCAGUAAAAUAAAUGUUUUCCGAUUGUUUUGCA